UAUCCUUACUGUCCAAAACCUAGGUCUUCCAAAGAAAGGCACCCAAUCCACUAAGACCCAUUUGGAGAGGAAGAUUGGUUGCUCAGAGGGUCUGAAGGAGAAGCAAAAGUUCAGAAGAGUUUCAGCAGAGAAAUGGGGAGGGCUCCUUGCUGUGACAAAGCAAACGUGAAGAAAGGACCAUGGUCACCUGAAGAAGAUACAAAGCUCAAGGACUUCAUAGAGAAACAUGGGACUGGUGGGAAUUGGAUUGCUCUCCCACAUAAAGCUGGUCUGAAGAGGUGUGGGAAGAGUUGCAGAUUGAGAUGGCUUAACUAUUUAAGGCCCAACAUAAAGCAUGGAGAAUUUUCUGAUGAUGAAGAUAGGAUAAUCUGCAGUCUGUAUGCAAGCAUUGGAAGCAGGUGGUCAAUAAUCGCUGCUCAGUUGCCAGGCAGGACUGACAAUGAUAUCAAGAAUUACUGGAACACGAAGCUGAAGAAGAAACUCAUGGGAAUGGUUCCCUCUCAGAGGAAACCAUCUCAGCCAGCCUUACCAACUCAUCUCCAAACGGCAUCAUCAUCACCCUCACUUCCAUCUUCUUCAUCAUCUUAUGAAGGUAGCGGUACUUACUACAACCCAGGCAGAUCUCUCACAGGGCUUGAACCCAUUUCAAUCCCAUCAAAUCUUCUGAGUGGCACCAAUACUCACACAACAACACCAACCAGUACUCUUCUUCAGACCCAGGAGAGCUUCAUGAGUUCCAUGCAUAAUGGGUAUCCAGUAAAUGAGGGUCUCCUCAUGUUUGGAGGCGAACCCAGUUGCAGCUCUUCUGAUGGAAGCUGCAAUCAGAUCAGCUAUGGCAAAGAUAUGGAGUAUGAAUACUGUGGCGGCCGAGGUGGUGUUGCCAACAGUGAGCAAAUGGAUUUGGAGAGCUUUUUCUACAAUGGUGUUUCCGAAGACCAGAAAUUCAUGGCUGAGGGUAACAAUGGUGGCUGUGGCGUUGAUGGGUGGACUCAGAAGCCAAAUGGGGUGUGGGAGGAAACUCCAUUAGAUUAUGGUCUGGAGGAGAUUAAGCAAUUCAUUACCAGUAAUGCCUGUAACAGCUGCUUCUUUGAUGAAAACAAGACACAAGGGAGGGUCGUGUACUAUUGACACUGACUGUAAGUAAAAUCAGAAGAUUUUAGGAGUAAGGUGGUUGCAGAUUCAGAUUUAGACCCAUAUUUGUGUGGAAGGGAUUAUGUUUGAGGUGAAAUACUUUUGACAGUACAUGGUAAAGUUACCUUUGUGCAUUUCUUUUUGGGAAAUGAUGUAUGUGCUCGUACAGUUUUUCUUCAGAAAUAAAUGUCAUAGAAACUAGAGAAGCCAUCAUCAUUCAAGAAUCAAAA